UUAUACAUUUUAUUAAGAAACGUGAACUUCUCCAUUAUGGCCUCUCUCCGCCAUGGUGUACAGAGACCCUUUUUGGCUGGAGGAAGUUUUCCCCUCUCAGCCAGGCUCCGUCAUUGCAAUUUCUUCUAAUUAUUAGUGUGCGCAGACUCAGAGGGAGCAAAUGGAUUUCAAGAAGAAUGUUGCCAAAAUAGGCAGAAGGUUCCAUCCCAAGCUAAAAAUAAACCAUUUUUUAAUCCAUUGGAAAACUUACCUCAAUAAUCCAGAGCCAGCUGUACCCUAUCCUAGCUCCUCCAUGAUGCCCUUCUUCCUCUCCACAGCUCACAGCAGGCAGGGAAGACUGAGGGUCUUCAGGCUGCUUCCCUGACUCCCCUAGGAUGGAUGCGUGUGGCUGGAAAGAAAUGGAGGUUGCCCUGGUCAAUUUUGAUAACUCAGAUGAAAUCCAGGAAGAGCCAGGCUAUGCCACAGACUUUGACCUAACCACCCCAAAAGGCCAGACUGGGAGCAGCUCCUUCUCCAACUGGAAUAUCUUCAACAACGACAGCACCAACCAUGAGACGGCCUUCUCCAAGCUCCCAGGAGACUACAUGGAUCCCCCAGGGCCUGAGGCAGCGGUCUUGAAUGAAGGAAACCAGCGGGUGAUCAUCAACAUUGCUGGGCUAAGGUUCGAGACCCAGCUCAGAACACUCAAUCAGUUCCCAGAGACCCUCCUGGGAGACUGGGAGAAAAGGAUGCAGUUCUUUGACUCCAUGAGAAAUGAGUAUUUCUUUGACAGGAACCGGCCCAGUUUUGAUGGAAUCCUAUAUUAUUACCAGUCUGGUGGGAAAAUCCGGCGCCCGGCCAGUGUCCCUAUCGACGUCUUUGCUGAUGAGAUCACCUUCUAUGAACUGGGCAGUGAGGCCAUGGACCAGUUCCGAGAGGAUGAAGGCUUCAUCAAAGAUCCUGAAACAUUGCUCCCCACCAACGACAUCCACCGGCAGUUCUGGCUCCUCUUCGAGUACCCUGAGAGCUCCAGCGCCGCCCGUGGUGUGGCCAUGGUCUCUGUUUUGGUCGUGGUCAUCUCCAUCACCGUCUUCUGCCUUGAGACACUUCCCGAGUUCCAAGAAGACAGGGAACUGAAGGUGGUGAGAGACUCCAGCCUCAACAUGAGCAAGACCGUCCUCUCCCACACCAUGUUCACCGACCCUUUCUUCAUGGUGGAGUCCACCUGCAUCAUGUGGUUCACCUUCGAGCUGGUGCUCCGCUUUGUGGUCUGCCCCAGCAAGACCGACUUCUUCAGGAACAUCAUAAACAUCAUCGAUAUCAUCUCCAUCAUCCCCUACUUUGCAACCCUCAUCACGGAGCUGGUCCAGGAGACAGAGCCGAGCACCCAGCAGAACAUGUCCCUGGCCAUCCUGAGGGUCAUCCGCCUGGUGAGGGUCUUCCGCAUCUUCAAGCUCUCCCGCCACUCCAAGGGGCUGCAGAUCCUGGGGCAGACGCUGAAGGCUUCCAUGCGGGAGCUGGGGCUGCUCAUCUUUUUCCUUUUUAUUGGGGUCAUCCUUUUCUCCAGUGCAGUCUACUUUGCUGAGGUAGACGAGCCAGAGUCCCAUUUCUCUAGCAUUCCUGAUGGCUUCUGGUGGGCGGUGGUCACCAUGACAACUGUGGGCUAUGGGGACAUGUGCCCAACCACCCCAGGAGGGAAAAUUGUGGGUACUCUGUGUGCCAUUGCAGGGGUCCUCACCGUUGCCCUCCCUGUGCCUGUCAUUGUCUCCAACUUUAACUACUUUUACCACCGGGAGACUGAGAAUGAGGAGAAGCAGAACAUCCCAGGAAAAAUUGACAAACUCCUCAACAGUGUGGGCUCAAGAAUGGGCAGCACAGACUCUCUUAGUAAGACCAACAAUGGCUGCUCCUCAGAGAAGUCUAGGAAGUGAUGUGUCCAGGGCUUCUUGG